AUGCAGACUAAUGCGCUGGAGCGCAUCCGGGCAUUGGAGGCAGACAUUGAGCGCUGCAUCGACUCUAUCGUACAGCAAGGCUUGUUUGCGGACACCAUUAAAAACGAGAGACACCGCAUUCUACUUGACCACUUUACUCUGCAGCAGGCUGGCAUCGUUCGCUACACUGCUGAGAAACUCCUCGACGUGUACUUGGACGAGGAUGACAUUGUGCAAGCUCAGAAUGCACCGGCGGGCAGCCCAGAUAACAUCGCGGCGGCGGUCAAGGAGUUCGAGGCGAAGAUCGCCGACAUCCGUGAGUAUCACCACACUUACCGAGAUCUGCCGCCCAUAAGAGAUGAGCUCGCCGUGCCCAACCCACGGCUGCUUGAUGACGUCUUCACUGUCCAAGAACGCUACGGGGCCUGCUUUGACGUGGACGCGCAUUACAACCGCUACAGUGCCUUCAUGGUGUACACAAAGUCGCUUGCGGAGGGGUGUGCGUCGGCAUCAGCGGCUACAAAGAAGGGGCUGGCCCCACUGGUGCCGUCCUCACUUCUCAAGUGGUCUUCGAUGUGGCCUGGCCGAUUGGAUUUUUUCAGCUUCACAAAGGCGCUGCCACAGGUGCUGCUGCAUGAGGUCGAGGCACACCGCAAGGUUGUGGGGUUUGCCCUCUACAAAACCUUUGCCGCGGAGCUGCUAACCUACCUGGAGGAUUUCUAUCGUCGUACCCACCCUCUUAAGCCGGUCGCGUUGGAGCGCCUCAUGACGGAGGUGGAGAGUGAUGCGGAGAAGUACUGGGCAUCCCUUCUAGAGAGCAAGGCGGAGGUGACUAGCAUCGCGGCGGCUGUAUCCUCAGAAGAUGACCAAACUGAUGUGCAAGAUGCAGAUGGCGAGCGAGCGAAUGACGGGGAGGCAGGCGGCACAGCUGGGUCGUCAUCCAAGGGCAGAGCGGUGGCACCGGCACGCAUUGCGGUAGAGAACAAGGUUGCCUGCGGGCUUACAAUCCCGCCAUCGCUGCGGCACCAAGUCAAGAAGUUUAGCCUAUGGCCGCUGCCCUUGAUAGAGAAGGUGGUGCAGGGCGUAGAGCAGGCGAGCGAAACUUCUCACGGUACUGCUGCAUCCGCGUCCAUGUACCCUGCGAGUCUCGCUGAUGUCAAGAUGGUGUGCAUUAUGGAGGCCAAGGCCGCCGCUCUGUUGCAGUCGCUCCUCUACACCACCUUGGAAACGACCAACAAGACGCUGCUGCGCGACUACAGCCGAACCAUCGAGGAGCUGGAGAAUGACCGCGAGGUGGCUGAGCAAGAAUUUCUCAACUCACUGGGGGAGGUGCGCCAGAACUCGGCCGACACCAUGGAGGGCACCGUGGCCCACGCAGCGGAGUAUAACUUGAAGCUGGCUCUCGCGGACAGCAAAGGAAGUGGCCGUGGCCAGCUCGGGAAGACGAGCGCGCUGGCGCCUGGCGUGCCAGCCCCCACUGCACCAGAGCUACUGUUGGAGGAGGAAGAGGAGCAGCUGAUUGGUGAGAACGGCGAACCCAUUCCCCGCUGGCUCGCACAGCUGCAUCAGCUGGACAAGAUGUUCCGCUGUGACGUGUGCGGUGGCGCCAUCUACAAGGGUCCGAAGGUGUUUCGCGAGCACUUCGGUGCGGAGCGUCACGCGGAGGGUCUGCGUCGGCUCGGCGUGACGCACCAUCUAAAGAGCUACGAAGGCAUCACUUCCAUUCGCCAGGUCGUCGAGAUGCGGGAGCGGCUCACCGAUGGAGAGGGCAGCUUUCGAAAACGACUGCGAGACAACACCGAUAACGAAGAAAUCCAGGAUGCUCGCGGUCACGUGGUGACGGCGAAGGAGUAUCUGCGCCUGCAGCAGCGUCGGCGCUAA